AUGAGCGGUCAUCAACAUACACAAGAAUUAUUACAUGGAACUUCUACACAAUGUCAUGAGUUGAUGCAUCUUUCACAUGAAGCGAAUGUACUUUUAUGCAAUCAUUUUAGACGAAACAAGUGGUUGCAAAGUAGUAGGCAUAUAAGCGUUGAAGAAAAGAUGACUAUGUUCUUGACAACUAUAGCAGAAAAUAAACGGUUCAGGAUUAUCAAACGAAGGUUUCAACACUCCAAAAAAAUUGUACAUAGAUGCUUUCAUGAGGUGCUAAAUGCAAUGAUACCUUUUUCAAGAGAAAUUAUAGUGCCAACGAAUUCAAAUGCAACCAUGAAUUCCUUAGAGAGACAUCGUAGGCUGAAAGAAAUAUUUCCUGGAGAAAUAGGUGCGUUAGAUGGAACUCUUGUACAUGUAGUUAUGCCUGCUCAUCAACAAACUCGCUACAAGGGAAGAGGAAAACGUGAAUGCUUUCAAAAUGUUUUAGGAAUUUGUGAUUUUGAUAUGAUAUUCACAUUCGUAUGGGCCGGUUGGGAGGGUAUAACACUUGAAUCACAAGUUUUGAAAGAAGUUGCAUUUAACCCGACUUCAGGCUUUCCGUUUCCUCCUUUAGGUUUGUAA